AUGGUCGACCCAAUAGUGGUAUGUGCAUCUUUGCAGGAAGACGGCAUCUUUAACUUCUCCGGCAACACCCUCAUCUCCUACGGCCUCCUAUUGCGCAACCACUUUGCCGCGGCCCUGGGGGCGGCCCACAGCCUCAACUUUGAGGCGCGGGACAUGGCGACGAGGUGCCUCGAGGGGCCGAUUGUCCCUAGGCUGGACGACCGGGUGUUCGACUCGGCGAUGCAGGCCUUCAACGACCUCGCGGCACGGUCUCAGAUCCGUCACGUGUGCUCACGUGUCGAUUGCGCGCACCUCUACACGUGCGAGGUGAAGGCGGCCGAGGCGGAGGCCCGGAAGGCUGGCAAUCCCUUGAGGCCGGAGCGAACGGAGGGGCCGAGCUCUGAGCUGGCCACCUACGCUUUUGGACGGGACAAGGUUGUCGUUUUCGAUGGCACCUUCUUCGCCAACUCGAGCGCGAUGCGGGAUUCCGACACAGAAGCCUCGUUGCACAGCAUCUGCGAGCCAGACCUGGAAGCGCCGAGGGUCGCUGGGGGCUUCACCCCUCUGAGCGUGGGGGGAGUGCGCCCCUCCGACGUGCCACUGGAGGGGAUCGACUGUCCUUGGAAGUAUCGCAACGGGCUGUCCGAGUUGCGGCCGGCCGUGCGUGCUCUUGCGCAGAGGUGGUGCAACUUUCGCAAGGCUCCAGCGCAAGGGAGCUACGCGCCUCUGAAGCCGGAGGAGUUUGUCGCCAUGCGGGAGGGGCUUCCGGCGAACGUCGUCGCUCUAAUCGACCUCGUUAUCGAGUCGGGAGCUUGUGGCGACCCUGGCACGUGUGCGACUUGCAAGGCGGUGCCGCGGCGGCCGUGGAUGCAAGGGUUCCUCAAAGACGGGCCCGUGGGAGCGACCGGCUGGUGCCCGACGCACUUUCAGCCGUAUGGAGCCCUCCUUCAUGCCCUGCUCAUCCCUCGCUACUCGUGGGUCUUUGGGCACGUGGUCACCUUGAAGCUGCUGAGACACGUGUUGCUCGAGGGGCCGCUCGACGAGCGCGGGCUGGCAUACCUCUCCAACGACGGCCCCAUGCUGGCGGCCAUCUUGCACCUCCAUCCCGUUGCCGGGGGGCUGUACGCCUUCUCGUCGACGCUCCGUCCGCUCGUGCGCGACAUCUAUGCCACGAACCUCCUCUGCUUCGAGCCGAGCGCGAAUCGACCCGGCCCGUCCUCGCGUUCGCCUCUGGCCGCUCUCCAUGAUGCUACGGAGCACCUGUGGGCAAUCGAAGGCGAGAGGCUGAGGCUCAUGGGUCAGCUGGAGGCGGCCGCAAUGGAGUACGCGGAGCAGCGAGGGGCGGCACUCAAGAGGGUCGCCAACUCGCUACUGUUCGAGCUGGAGGUUCGCGAUCCCCCAUGCUAUGGCAGCGGCGGGAUUCUUCAAGCGCCAUCGGCCGCUUAUGCGGAGCGGGUCAAGGCCGUCUCUGUCUACUCUUUUCACCCCCUGCUGUACGGCCGGCCGCAGUUCGUCGAUUGGGAGGACGGAUCCGGUCGGGGGAGAAAGGGUUCCGAAGAGCGGCUCACCCAGCACUGCAGCGCUCCCAACCCUCGAUCCUCCAAGGGGCGCGCGGGGGUGUUCAUCGCGUGCUGCCAGGAUCGGGCUCCCUUGGGGUACCACUGGCUGAAGGGCGGUGAGAGCGUCUCGGACCUCGGGACGGUGCUCCCAACGAGAUUCCCUUUCAAAACGCUGCGGGGGCUCACGAUCGUGGAGGACGCCGCUUGCAACGCGCAAGAGUGGUGCUUGAACCGGGUGCCGCAACUGGCCAAGUUCAUGCUGUUCGUCGUCGACCGCUUCCACUCGGGGCCCGUGAGCUGCGCACCGGCGGGGGCGAAGCGCUACGCAACGCACACGUGUGCGCCAACGCUGUUCAUCGACUCCUUUCCGCAACAUGGCCACACAAUUACAACGGCUUCGGAGGGCAUCAAUUCAGGUUUGAAGAGAUGUGCAGCUAGCCUCCAGCAGAUCACGAGUAUCAAAAGGUUGCUGAGCCGUGUGACGACCAUACUCGACACUCGACACGUUAUUCGAACGGUCAAAGUAUGCUGUCUAUUCGAGCGAGGCUAG